AUGGAUGGAUGGAUGGAUGCAAAAUGGUUGAUAAAGCUCGUAAAGAUGUAAUAAUAGACAGCUGUACCUAAUGAGGCACUGCAUGUUUGUAACACUGUAUGAGCACACAAUUAUAUUUUCAUCAGCAGCAUUGUUCCAGGCCAGUAGCUACAAGAGCAUAUCAAACAAUGUCAGUGAUUGAGUGGAAUCAUUUUGAACAUUUCAGUUAAAUUAAUAGGAUUAAUGGAGUCUAUUGACUGGGUCCCAGUCUUGCAAUGGUCCUUUCACCAGAUCAGAUGGGCUAGGAUCUGUUCCCUGUUGAAAUCUUGAGCAGAAUGCUGGGUAGAAAAUUAAAGAAAUGUGCUAGAAUAGAAUAUAGUGUACAAUAUAAGGACCCUGUCAACCGUGGAAGGGUGGCAGUAGCUCAUCUGUACCAAUUUGGGCUUUUCAGAGAGAGGGAUACCAUUCGAAACCCGCUGCAGACACACAGACACACACACAAAGAGAGAAAAUACCCAAUUUACAAGUUUUUCGAGAUACGAGCUGUCGUUCAGACAAUUUUUUGCUUUGACUUGCAACAAACACUUGAGAUACGAGUGCUGUAUGGUGGCAGUGACUCAACUCACUUCACAGCAAUCAACAGUUUUGUAGUGUCAUGGUCUGUGUUUUGGUUUGGGUUGUGUUUAGUUUUGUUCCAUGUUUUCCUGUGUUCCAUGUUUAUCGUGUGCUCAUUACGUUGUUGUGUCCACCUGUUCUCGUCUACCUUGUGUCGACCAAUCAGCUCUCUCCAGCCACUCAUGUCUUCUCCAGGUGUUCCUCGUUGUCUCGUCAAUCUGUUUGUAUUUAGUUCCCUGGUUUCUUUCACUUCUUGUCGGUUCAUUGUCAUUGCCUUUGCAUUAUGGCAUUGUCAGGUGUCAUUGUCCCUAUCUGUUCUACGUCCUACCCACCAGCGAUAGUUUGUUUCCAGUUUUAGGUAUUUAAGUGUUUCUUUGUUACUUUGGUUUGGUUGUGGGACUUUGUUUAGUUUUGCUUUAUCCACGUUCCUUGUUGGCUGUUUUUGAAGAUUAAAUAUUUUUUUGAGACUCCCGCACUCCUGCCUUGCCUCCUUGCUUCCCUGCACUUAGGUCCUCCACGUUUUUUGUCUUGCCUUCCAAACCUUCGACCACCCCAACCAUGACAGAAUGAACCGACCAGAACAGGACCUAGCGGGAAGAACAUGGCGUCACCCUGGACACCACCAAACUGCCUCCCACCGUCCUCAGCCUGCCAACCAUACCUACCCUCCUCCAGCUUGGUCCAAGUAUGUAAUGGCGCUGCAAUUGCUGUUUCAUGUGGUUCCAUCUACAAGAGUUUUGCACAGUGUUUGCUGACACUCGGGGACAGUUUGGUGGAAACACAAAAAGACAAGGACACGCAGGACAUUGACACAAUCUGCAGGUCCUGGAAUGACUUCCAUACUUGUGCCAACACGGCCAUGUCUGGCUGUCCCAGAGAAGCGGCAGCAGUGUGGGAGUCCCUAAGACAAGAGUCCAAGAAGGCCCAGUUCUCUGGAAACCUCUACAACAUGUGCGCCAGCCUCACCACACUGGCACCUAGCACUGUGCCAGCCCCACUGACCCCUCCCACCUUGGAUCAGACCAACCAGGAAACACUGAAGGGGAGAACGCACCAGUGGAGCCCCUCUCUCACCGCAAUGAUCCUUCCAAUAUGUAGCACUUUACUAGCGCUGCUCAGGAUCUAGCUUUAUAUUUUACAACGGAAUCAAGCAGGUGAAUUUGCAUAGUUUUUUUUUUUUUUUUGCUGAGAGACAUUAGUGUGGCUGCUUGUUGUACAUACAGAAUGUACAGCAUACUACAUUGUAUAUUCUGACCUGAGUGCUGAUAGAAAUGCAACAGUGGGGCUGCCCAGGAACAUCAAUUACCCAUAAGCCCUCUCUGCAUUUAGGUGACCAGAUCAAGAGAAGAAUAAAGCCAGCUUUAUUCCUUUAAAUCACGAUGACAGUCAACAGUCAGAGAGAGUUGAUCCAAACACAUGAACACGGAUCACAGGUCAGGAACGUUUGUGAUUAGGUCUCAAUCCUAAAAUCAGGAUUUCAGAGAGCGAGUCAGAAAGAAUCCUUGUUACUUUUGUUUCAGCUUUAAAAUGUAUUUUAGCACGAUCAGAUUAAAUGCCUCUCUCUCUGAGAGAAGCCAACCUAAUUGAAAUAUUUUUGGUCAAGACAAGUGGACUGCAAACAGCUGCCAGCUAUUGACUGAACUUACUUGUUUUGGUAAAAAUUGAAAAAUAAAGCCAGGACAAACAAUAUGUACAUAUUAUAUUAUUGAGAUAUAAAUCAAAUCUCUUCAGAAAUAACUUGCGCAGUUUGGAUUCCUUAUUUUUUUUCCCCUAAACACAUGCACAUUUUGAGUAUGAGUCAUAUGUACCGCAACGGCGCGAUGUGUUUGUUGUAACGCUUUAAAAAAAACAAAAAAAAAACUUACAUUUCUCUCUUUUUGUGUUGGUAGUUGGAGCUGCUCUACUACGUUAACAGAGAAUACCUUUGAGACAUAAAAACAUAAAAACAAAGUCACUGAGCAAUAAAAGGUUACCGGUAAUGACGAGACAUUCAUUUAAAAAAAUUUUUUUUUGACAAUUGUGCAAAUGAUGCCGAGUCCUCCAGCAAUUUGGAGUAGUUUGAAAAACCUAAUAAAACAAUAGUCUGGUACAGUGCCAUUGUGCAAAUGGCGCAGAGACUUCGAGAAAUUUAUGCAGUUUAAAGUGACUAGUAGUCACGAUAAUCUGGAACAGUGUCAAUUGUGCAAAUGGUGCAGAUACUUCUCAAGCACAUGAGUGGCCAGUAUUGGUGAACAACAGAUUUGCAAGUAGUGCAGAGUGGCGACACUACUACAUUGAGUGCACAAAUAAUGCAGAAUUGGCCCGACAGAGACGUGAUAACAAUCUCAAGACUAAAUUGGCUGCAUGUUACAAUGGAAUUGUAAGUUAACUGUUUAAGAAGUUAAUGGCAAGAGGGAAGAAGCUGUUGGUAUGUCUUCUACUUUUGGUUUGCAUUGUUCGAUAGUGCCUACCUGAGGGAAGGAGCUGGUGGUGACCAGGAUGUGGAGGGUCCAAGAGGAUUUUGCAUGCUCUUGUCUUAGUUCUGGCAGUGUGCAAGUCCUCAAGGGCAGAUAGGGGGGGUUACCGACAUUUUUUUAUGCAGUUCUGAUUGUCCGUUGCAGUCGGAGUUUGUAAUUUUUUUUGUGGCAGCACCAACUUAUACUGCAAUGGAUGAAUAUAGGACUGAUUCGAUGACUGCUGUGUAGAACUGCCUCAACAGCUCCUGUGGCAGGCCGUGCGUCCACAGAAGCCGCAGGAAGUAUGUCCUCUGGUGAGCCUUUUUUUGAGGAUGGAGUUAAUGUUGGUCUCCCACAUAUCACAGUGAAUAAAAAAAAAAUAUUUAAAAAAAUAAACAAAUAACAUCAAAAACAUAAUUCAGGUUGCAGGACUGUGCCGAGAAUUUACCCCUCAGUCAUUGUAUCAUCAAAUAUACAGAAAGAUAAAUGAGUGAACUUACUUUUGUCCUUCCCAUGGCCUUCAGAGGAUCUGAAUGACAUAACUCCCUCUGGCCCAUGUCGCUUUUUCAGAGGGGUAACAUAUUAGGGUAAGAGGACUGAAUGAAAAUUCAGGUACUCGACUAAAGAGUGAAUUUCAACGCAAUUGCUUAAAAAAAAAGAAACUUAGUGUAGUUGGGAAAAGGAGUAAAACAUGUAAAAAAAAUAUAACAUUUUAAAUGAUUACAAUUAUCAUAUUUCAUGGUAAUUCAAAUUUUAAAAAGCAGGGAAAGGCAAUAAAUCAAAAUUUUCAGUGUUCGAGGUAGUUUAAAUUAAUACUUGAAAUUGCAUUUAUUGAAUAUAGAAACAGAUCGAUGUGCAGGACACUUUUGAAAAAACAUUAAAAUUUUUAAUUUUAUUAUGCAGUUAUUCAAUUUCCUGUGGAAGCAAAAGGCACCAUUCGGUGGAAUGGUCCAUAUACGGUAACUGGCAAAUGCAAAAGACCAAAGGCUGAAUUAAUAAUCACAUAAAAAAAAAAACAACAAAAAAAACAUUUUUGUAUUGACCUGAUUUUAAACAUAUGUUUCCUUUGGUUUAAUGUUUUCCCCCUUUACCAAGGUAUUUUUCAGUAACAUUAAUAAUAUCCAAUAUUUCACAGAUGUCAAAUGUACAAUUACAGUUAAUUAUUUUUUUUAAAUUUAGAUUUCUUUGUAAAUUGUUGCUUUUUCAGUUAGUGUGAGUGGGAGAAUAUCCGUGGAUGUGUGCGUGUAUGUGCGUGUGAUCUUAAUACUCUUAAACGGUUUCAUAACAAUCAUGGGAUGAGUAUAUUAAUCUCGUCUGUCUUUAUUCAUUCGCUGUGUUGAUGCAUCUACCGUGCACCUCCAACCACAUUUCAAACAGUCUUAGAGCCCUGAAAAAAAUUUGGUGGCAGGCUGAGAGGGAAGAAGACCGCUCUCACGUGAUAUAACAAAAAAAAAAAAAAAGUCAGAGGUCAGAUAUGAAUGCAGUAUCACUGCAGCACGAUGAAUGUUAAGAAGCAGCAGCUGCUGAGCCAACCAUUGUGUUCUGUUAUAUAAAAGAUUAAUGUAUUAAACUUAUAUUAAAUUCAAUUAUUAUAAUAGUGUAAUUUUAUAUACAAUACUUCGCAACAGUUUAAUUAUAAGUGUAAUUAAAUGAUGGCACUGUUGAUGUGAAACAAGCCUGACUGCAUAUUAAAAACCUUUGGAUUGUCUAUUGUUUAAAAUAAUGGGAACAUGCAUAUGAUGAUGGCAUAUUGUCAGUGUGUGACAGGUGAGCAUGUAGAGAGGCAAGCGUCUCCUGAAUGUGAAUGAUUUCAUCAAUAUACAGGCCAUUAUUGUGGAACAUUAUAAGAUGCAGUGAUAAGAUUGAAAAUAUUCUUGUAUUUCUUAUUAAAACAGAAUUGAUCGGU